GGAACACAAGGUCGCAAGAACUCAAUUUAGGUUCACGGUGAGCCGACUCGCACUUCUCAGUACUCUUGCAGUCGCCAGUACCGGAACCCUUCUCCAUCGACACGCUGCUUUGUUCACUGCUAACAGUAUGAGCAAGAAAUUCGUGUUGUAUAUGGCCGGAACACCGAAUAGCAGAAAGGUCUCCAUCGUUUUGGAGCUGCAUGCCCGCUACGGCGUCGAUUAUCAGAUUCAUGAGAUCGACAUGUCCAAAAACGAGCACAAGGAACCCUGGUACCUCAAGUUGAACCCCAAUGGUCGCGUGCCCACACUUGUGGACCAGUUCCGCAACGACUUCGCGAUUUUCGAGAGUGCUGCCAUCGAAUUGUACCUCGCGCAGCAUUUUGACCGGGACUUCAACUUCUCGUUCGACCCUGUUCGCAAUCCCGUCGAGUACAGUGAGAUGCUUCAGUGGAUAUUCUUCACGCACAGCGGCAUUGGACCGAAUCUGGCGCAGGCUGCAUACUUCGUUCACUUCGCCACCGAAGAUGUCCCCCACGCAAAGAAACGGUUCAUUGACGAGGUCAAGCGCCUAUACGGCAUAUAUAACACUCGUCUAGAGGGGCGACACUAUUUUGCUGGGCCCAGAGAUGGACUGUAUACUAUCGCCGACAUAAACGCUUACCCACUGGUCGUGCUCUAUGCGCUCGGUGGAGUAGAGAGCCUAGACGAGUGGCCGAAUCUCAAGGCAUGGGUCCGGAGGAUGGAAGCGCACCCUGCGGUCAAGGCAGGAAUGACCAAACCCUGAGCGAAGCGCGACCAGUGCGCCGCGGGCAGUCAUUGAAGCUUGAAGUGGCACAAGGGCAACGUCGUUCGGAAGUUCAAACAUGUCUUAAUGCUUCCUGGAAUUAGUACAAACGUGCCUCGAAAAGUCGCUGAACGAUCUGACUGGGACAUGAAGCGGUACGCGCCCCUCGAGAGCGCGCCACGUGACCGCGAAGACCUUACAACACACAAGGUGAAUGCGAGAUGGCCUGCGCACCAGGUUCAGAUUCCCUUCCGGUUCAUGUAUCCCGAGGUGCUUGGGAAGGGUGGGCAAUCUGCGCAGAUCACUCCCGUCGCUUUGAAGCUGAGUACGUCCGCUAGUAGCUACGAGCUUCUCGUACUAGUAAUUCACGAAAGCGCAU